ACCACCUGCUUCUCCUGGACACCUGAUACCAUGUGGCUCCAGAUCCUGUUCCUCUUCCUGUCCGUGGGACGAAUUGAAACUGUACCUCCCGGCCAGUCUCGGGUUGUUGGAGGAUAUAAAUGUGAGAAGAAUUCCCAACCCUGGCAAGUGGCUAUCGUCAAUGAAUACCUCUGCGGGGGUGUCCUGAUAGACCCCAGCUGGGUGAUCACGGCUGCCCACUGCUAUAGCAACAAUUACCAGGUUUUGCUGGGCCGAAACAACCUAUUUAAAGAUGAACCCUUUGCUCAGCGCCGGCUUGUCAGCCAAAGCUUCCAACACCCUGACUACAUCCCACUCAUCGUGAGGAACGACACCGAAGAACCUGUGCAUGACCACAGCAAUGACCUGAUGCUGCUCCACCUCAGCAAGCCUGCUGACAUCACAGGUGGUGUGAAGGUCAUCGAUCUGCCCACUAAGGAGCCCAGGGUGGGGAGCACCUGCCUUGCCUCAGGCUGGGGCAGCACCAACCCCUCUGAGAUGAUAGUAAGUCAUGAUCUCCAGUGUGUGAAUAUCCACCUACUGUCUAAUGAGAAGUGUACCGAAACCUACAAAAACAAUGUGACAGAUGUCAUGCUGUGUGCAGGAGAGAUGGAUGGGGGCAAAGACACUUGCACGGGUGACUCAGGAGGCCCCCUCAUCUGUGAUGGUGAGCUCCAAGGCCUCACAUCGGGGGGCGCUACCCCAUGCGCUAAACCCAAAACACCAGCAAUCUAUGCCAAACUUAUUAAGUUCACCUCCUGGAUAAAAAAAGUUAUGAAGGAAAACCCCUGAAUGUCACAAUGUCCCCUGGUCUCAAUAAAACCCACCAUGCAGCACA